GUAUCUAUAAGCUAAAAUUAAUGAAUAUACGUGUAAACAUAGUUUAAAACUACGCACAACACGUUUUUGUACUUAUAACUACAAUGCUUACAAAAUAUUGACAGUUUACUGAUUCAUGUGGACGAUAACGCCCGAAAUAGCUCCAAUUAAUUUGCUGAAACCAUAAUGGCUGCGUCCAUGAAGAGAAAUGCCUUAGCAAAUACUGAUGAAAAUCAGGAUAUUAAAAGAAGUAAAAUAACAUCAGAUGACAAAAACCUGGAAUCAUUUCUCUCAUGGGCCGCUGAAAAUGGAUUCGGGUUGAGUGACAAGGUGAUCGUUGCAAGGGAAAGUGCUUGUGCACAGUAUGGUAUGAUAGCCAUAGCAGACAUAUCAGACGGAGAGACAUUGUUCCAGAUACCAAGAAAAAUGCUGCUCCAUCCCGGCACAACUGACAUCAGUGACAUACUCGAAAAAGAAAGAGAUAAAAUACAGGGCUCGAGUGGCUGGGCACCCUUGCUGAUAUCUCUCAUGUAUGAAUAUACCAGUGAACAGUCGCCAUGGAGACCAUAUUUCAAUCUUGUUCCAGACUUCACAGAACUAGAUUUGCCCAUGUUUUGGAACAAGGAGGAUCGCAACAGUUUGUUGAAGGGCUCAGGUGUUAUUGAGGCAGUUGAAAAGGACCUUAAAAAUAUUGAAGAAGAGUUCACUACCAUUGUGCUACCAUUUAUAAAGGCCCAUGCAGACAUAUUUCACUCCCAGUGCCAAGAAUUAGAAUUCUACAAGAAGAUGGUGACAUUUGUGAUGUCAUACAGUUUUACUGAACCUGCCAGUAUGAGCAAUGAUGAGGAGGAUGAUGAUGGUGAUGAUAAUGAUGAUGAAAAGUCAGGAAGUCCGACACCGAUGAUGGUUCCCAUGGCAGACAUUUUGAACCAUAUGACAAAGAACAACGCCCAUCUAAAGUUUGAAAAAGAAGCCUUAAAAAUGGUGGCCAUUAAAGAUAUACCAAAGGGGGAAGAGGUGUUCAACACCUAUGGAGAGUGGCACCAACUGGCACCUACUGCACAACUGGCCAACUGGCACCUACUGCACAUGUAUGGCUUUGCAGAACCCUUCCCAAGCAACCACUGGGAUACGGUGGAAAUCUCCUCGCUAGUCAUCGCACAAGCAAUGGAACUGUUGUCUGUCAACACCCAAGAUAUGAUUAAAAAGAAAACAAGUCAUUUAGCAGAUCUGAAUCUUUAUGGUCAAGAUGUAGGAUUCAUACUUGGAGUCGAUGGAGUGCUGGAUGAAAUGCAAAUGUGUGAUGCCCUCAAGGUGUCUUGUAUGAAUGAGUCACAGCUGGAGAAGCGAACUCAGAACGAGGGCUGGGAAAGUGACGAAGAGGAGGAGGAGGGGACAUCACUGUGCUAUGACAACUUCAUCAACUUAAGCAAGGAAUGGAAAGCGGUUUUAAAGAGGAGCGCGGAGCUGACCUUACGGCGAUAUUCGAGAAGUAUAGAAGAGGACAAGGCGAUGCUGCAGUCAUCGGCGAACAGUGCCAGGCAGAAGUACUCCCUCUACACAGUGAAUGGGCAGAAAAUGCUGUUGCAAAAACUCAUAAAUAAAUGUAUCUGAGACUUUGUUUUGUUUUUAUGCUCCCCAUAUAUAUAUAUUGUGGUUCCUUACUUCCUUACUUCCGUCACACUUUUGUUACUGUUUCUCAUAGCGCCUUCAAUAUUUUACCGAUCUCUUACAUAUUUGGCAUGUGGGUACCUUGCAUGGACCAUUGGACCUCUUCCUUUUGAUGAUGUUUGAGGUCACUAGGGUCAAGAUCACUGAGGCAAAUAAUAGAUUUUUCCGUCACAAUUUUGUUACAGUUUCUCAUAGCACCUUCAAUAUUUUUCCGAUCUCUUACAUAUUUGUGAUGCAGGUACCUUUAUGGACCUGAGGUCACUGGGGUUAAGGUCAAGGUCACCGAGGCUAAUAAUAUAUUUUUCUGUCACAAUUUUCUUACAGUUCUUAUAGCGCCUUCCAUAUUUUACCGUUCUCUUACAUAUUUUGCAUGAAGGUACCUUGCAUGGACCACUACCUUUUUAUGAUGCUUGAGGUCACUAGGGUCAAGGUCAAGGUCACCGAGGCUAAAAAUGAAUAUUUCCGUCACAAUUUUGUUACAGUUUCUCAUAGCGCCUUCAAUAUGUUACCGAUCUCUUACAUAUUUGGCAUGUAGGAACCUUGCAUGGACCUCUACCUUUUGAUGUGCUUUGAGGUCACUGGGAUCAAGGUCAAGGUCCCCGAGGCUGAAAGUAGAGUUCACGUCACAAUUUUAUUACAGUUUCUCAUAGCGCCUUCAAUAUUUUACAGAUCUCUUACAUAUUUGGCAUGAAAGUAACUUGCAUGGACUUCUACCUUUUGAUGAGGUCUGAGGUCACUGGGGUCAAGGUCACCGAUGCUAAUUAUAGAUUUUCUCAACGUCACACUUUGGUUACAUUUUCUCUUAGCGCCUUCAAUAUUUGAUUGAUCUCUUAUAUAUUUGGGAUGUAGGUAACUUGCAUAGACCUCUACCUUUUUGAUGAGGUUUGAUGUAACUGGGGUCAAGGCCAAGGUCACUGAGGCUAAUAAUAGAUUUUCUCAAGGUCACACUUUUUCUACACAAUUAAACUAUAUAUCGACAAAGCAUUAUUGGGGAGCAUCCAUCAGUUUUACUGAUAUCCUUGUUAUUUUAUAUUUUUCAUUCCUAUAAAGAAUACGUACAUGUUAUGUUGUGAAAGAAAAUGUCUGAUCAUCAUAGAACUCCAUGUUUAAAUGCUGUUUAUUGACUGUAAGUUUUCUUUGAUCCAAAAAGUGAUGGUAUGUUUUGUAUAUUGGCGAUGCCACUUUAAAACGAAAGUGUUUGUCCGUUGUGAAUAAGUGGUAAUGAUUACCGGUAUUCAUGACGAUGUGGAUUUCGCUGUAAUCGUUGUUUUUACGUUUUGAAAACGGACUUGAUAGAAAUUUCAAUAUUUAAAGUGUCGCGUUAAAGGAGAAGGUGUACUUUAAAUUCUUUUGUUUAUGGAUCCGCUGGUCCCAAAUGUUGAUAUAAAUAUGUCAGUAGAAAUGAUCUCAACAAAAUUUGGUUGGGCAUAUUUGACAAAUGAGACAAUAUUGUUGAAGUGAUUAUAUCAUUUCAUAUUAAGCAAAAACCUUAAAAGUAUGCAAAAACUUUUUGGACUUGAUAUGCUAAAGUUAACAAACACGGCAGAUGUCACUUCGUUAGUUGGUUAUGUAUUGUGUGGAGAUAGGUGAAAAUAGCGGUUGCGAGGACUGAGUGCUUAAUGUGAAUGGCGUUCACACUUAUCUCAGGAAGCUGAUAUGAUGUGAUAUAAUCAAUUAUUGUUGGAAAGAUCGACUUUCCAUGUUUGUAUUCAAUACUUGGGUUUGUAAUACUUUUGUUUGAAGGGCUUUUGUGUGUUUGCUAUUAGCGAUUACUCGAGAAGUCAAUAUAUCUGCGACUUUGAUUUUUAUUGUUCAGUGGCAGAUAUCUUAUAGCAUGUCUGCCGUUUAUGUUGAACAAGUUACCAAAACGGGCUUGCGUUUGUAUAGUUAAAUUGUAUGAUAUUAUUCAUAUUAAACUUUUACACUGA